AUACCUUAACAUUUGAUAAAAACGGUUAUUUAUUGAAUAUCUUUGUUUAUGAGAAAGCGCUCAAUCUCGAUUUACAAUUUUUACCUUUUCAAAAAUGUCCCGUCAAAUCGGUCAAAUGACUGGAAAUCUGUCAGAUUCUAACGUGAGCAUCUGUGUAUAAACAUGGCGGAUAACAGAAGCUAGGUUAGGAUUUGUUGUUAGUUCAUAUUUUGACAAAAAAGUAGUUUCUUCUACGAAAGUGAAGUGCAGGAACGUUAAAUAGGAAGAGCGUUUCAGAAAGUUUCGUUAGCUUGAAUCACUUACAAGAUGGCACUUCGCACCUACGGAGACAAGCCCAUAAGUUUCCAAGUCGAGGAAAAUGGGGAAUAUUAUUGUAUCGGGUCCGAGGUGGGAAAUUACCUACGACUUUUUCGUGGGUCACUCUACAAACGCUACCCUGGCAUGUUCCGAAGAUCGAUCACCAAUGACGAAAGAAAAAAACUGGUGGAAUUGGGUUUGAGUCAGCAUGUUCUGGCAUCCAGUGUUUCACUCUUGAGAGCCAGUGAAGUCGAGGACAUAAUCGAGGGCAACGAUGACAAAUACAAAGCUGUUUCGGUUCAUUCUACAGAACCUCCCGCACCUCGAGAGGGAAAAUCUAAAAAAUCCAUGGCCUGGGUUCCUAGUUUGCCCAACAGUUCUCAUUUGGAUGCGGUUCCGCAAGCUACGCCAAUUAAUCGAAACAGGGUUCACAAUAAGAAAGUUCGGACAUUUCCUUUAUGCUUUGACGAUACCGAUCCAUCUUCAAAUUUAGAAAAUGCAGCUCAACAAGAAAUGCUUGUACCAAUUCGUUUGGAUAUGGAAAUCGAGGGUCAAAAACUGCGCGACACUUUCACAUGGAAUAAAAAUGAAAGUUUAAUAACCCCAGAACAGUUCGCCGAAGUUUUGUGCGAUGAUUUGGACCUGAAUCCUCUCACUUUUGUUCCUGCAAUUGCACAAGCCAUCAGGCAGCAGAUUGAAGCUUUCCCUCAAGAAAUAAUACUUGAAGACCAGUGCGACCAGCGGGUUAUUAUCAAACUCAAUAUACAUGUAGGAAAUACGUCUUUAGUUGAUCAAGUGGAAUGGGACAUGUCGGAGAAGGAGAAUAACCCCGAAAAAUUUGCGAUGAAGUUGUGUGCUGAACUUGGACUUGGCGGAGAAUUCGUUACUGCCAUCGCUUACAGUGUUCGAGGACAAUUAUCCUGGCAUCAGAGGACGUACGCAUUUUCCGAAGCACCACUGCCAACAGUUGAAGUUCCAUUCAGGUCUCCAUCGGAAGCAGAUCAAUGGGCUCCGUUCCUUGAGACACUGACGGACGCAGAAAUGGAGAAGAAGAUACGCGAUCAAGAUCGAAACACUCGACGAAUGCGAAGAUUGGCGAACACUACACCAGUAUGGUAAAUGUAAUACGUUUUAAAAUUAAUUAAGAUUAGUCCAUCUUGGAAUUAUUCGUUUUAUCAAUAAGGACUAUAAGUUUAUACCUUUAUCUGUAAGUAUCUAAAAGGAAGUCAUUUGGAAAUAAAGUGAAGCUUGAAAAUAA